GUUCGUUCGCGUUGGUGGUGUUGUUCCACGGUGUUACGGUGCGUUGUCGUACGCGGGUGUGCGUGCUACGUUUUCUCCGAACGAGACACCACUCGUGAAACGUGGACGUGUGCGAGGGGGAGAGGAAAUCGUCGAGGGGACGCGUGGACGAGGGGCGAGACUGACGAGACACACGACAGAGAUGCGGCGAAAUGUAAAAAUUGUGUUGCUGCUGUCAUGCGCGUGGAUGUUUGCCUUUGUUUACUACUAUCACACGUCCAGGGACACAAAGAACGAAAACAGAGCCCUGCGAUUGAAGGAGCCUGCAUCGUUGGCCCUCUCCGCCGGAAACUCCGGAAGCUACGUGGACCCAGAUGGAACAGCCAUCGUGAUGUCCUCCGAACUGCUACCUGUGCCCACUCCUGAUCCCAGGGUCACGUGGAACUACUUCGACGAGCAGGGGUACGUUUCGAGAGGAGGAUUAAGAGCAGGAGAGGAUCCUUACGCUAGGAACAAAUUCAAUCAGGAAGCCUCCGAUGGACUCCCGAGUAAUCGUGACAUCCCAGACACACGCAGCGCCAUGUGUCGGAUGAAGCAAUGGAGAAGAGACUUGCCUCCAACUUCAGUGAUAAUCACGUUCCACAACGAAGCACGAUCGACGUUGCUCAGAACCGUAGUCAGCGUGCUGAACAGGAGUCCGGAGCACCUGAUCAAGGAAAUUAUUCUGGUGGAUGACUUCAGCGAUCAUCCGGAGGACGGUGAAGAGCUAUCGAGGAUACACAAAGUGCGAGUGAUACGCAACGAGAAGAGGGAGGGUUUGAUGAGGUCGAGGGUGCGAGGCGCGGAUGCAGCCACCGCCACCGUGUUAACUUUCCUCGAUUCGCAUUGUGAGUGCAACGCCGACUGGCUAGAGCCCCUUUUGGAGAGGGUGGCUGAGGAUCCUACGAGAGUCGUGUGCCCAGUCAUCGACGUCAUAAGCAUGGACACCUUCCAAUACAUCGGAGCGUCGGCAGACCUGAGGGGUGGUUUCGACUGGAGUCUGGUGUUCAAAUGGGAAUACCUUAGCCAGAUCGAGAGACAGGCGAGGCAAAAGGAUCCGACACAGGCGAUCAGGACUCCAAUGAUCGCCGGUGGCCUGUUCGUGAUCAACAAAGCGUACUUCGAGAAACUGGGCAAGUACGACACUCAGAUGGACGUGUGGGGCGGCGAGAAUCUCGAGAUAUCGUUCCGGGUGUGGCAAUGCGGCGGCAACCUCGAGAUUAUUCCGUGCUCGCGCGUCGGCCACGUGUUUCGAAAACGCCACCCGUACUCGUUCCCCGGGGGCAGCGGCAACGUUUUCGCUCGAAACACCAGACGAGCGGCCGAAGUGUGGAUGGACGAUUACAAACAGUUCUACUACAACGCGGUGCCGCUGGCGCGUAACAUCCCUUACGGAAAUAUUCAAGACAGGAUGGAGCUGAAGCGGAAAUUGCAUUGCAAGCCCUUCAGCUGGUAUCUGAAAAACGUGUAUCCCGAGCUGGUUAUACCGACAAGCGAAGGAGGUCCCGGUGGAUCGUUGAAACAGGGCACCGCUUGCCUGGACAGUAUGGGCCACCUACUAGACGGGAACGUGGGACUUUAUCCGUGUCACGACACCGGCGGCAACCAAGAAUGGGGCCUAACGAAGGACGGCCUGAUCAAGCACCACGACCUCUGCCUAACACUUCCGGUGUACGCGAAAGGCACCACGUUACUAAUGCAAAUCUGCGACGGCAGCCAAAACCAAAAAUGGAGGCACCUCGAGGGCGGUCUGAUCCGCCAUUCAAGGAUCCCGGUGUGCGUGGACUCGAGACAUCACGCGCAGAGAGGCAUCACCGCGGAGAAAUGCGACUCGAACGCCGAGACGCAGAGGUGGCACCUGUACAACCAUAAUCACUAG